GGAAGUGGUCACAGAGUACGACCUUUGCACCACCUCAGCUGAAGUCUAACUUAGAGACCACGCAGCUGCUCUAUUAUAAUAAUAUGACACAUGCUUCGUUUUGAAUAGGUUAAGUAACUUUACGACGCUCCCUAACUACCACUUACAACACGACCUUUGCCCUUCGCAUGCUCGCUGCUGUACUUUAGCAUGCAGUGGGUAAUAAGAGGAAAGCUGUGCACACACACUAUUAAAGACGUGCUCGUACAUUUGCCGAGGUUUGCGCUCCGUCGAAACAUGUCGUCGUCUCCAGCUAAGAGGCCGGUUUCCUUACUGGGAACCAUGGCGUUCGGUGGGCGAGCAGACGCCGAGCAGAGUCUGGAGAUGGUGAAGGCUUUCCUGGGGAAGGGGCACGACAAAGUGGACACAGCCUUCAUGUACGCGGAUGGGAAGUCAGAGACAGUCAUUGGGGGCAUGAAUCUUCCCAAAACAGGUAUUUGAGAAGGACACGCUUUCUCUGAGACGACAAAUAUUGUACUAUUUCGUGAGCUAAAGCUAACAAAGUUUCUAAAGUGAACUCAGCUGUUACUCGUGACAAGGUGGAAGAAGCUGCAACUUGCAGAGGCUUGGAAUUAUGGGUAACGUGAACAGCCCACUGCCACUGUAACGUUACCUAACGGGUUCAUGUUAGGGACUUUUGUAAUGGAUAAAGCUCCUUGUUUGGGAACUUAAGUAAGUUUUUAAAUGGUCCCAAUCAAGAAUGUUAUAUUACCUAAAUUAACACAACAGUGUAAGUAUAGUUUUGUUACAAAGUAAACUCUUAACAGAUACAGAUUGGAGUUUCACAGUCUUAAUUAAACUGCAAGCCAACAUUGACUUAAAGGGAUAUUCUGGCGCAAAAUUAAGUUAUGGUCAAACACACCGUAACACCGAGUUAGACACCCCCUCAAGAGAUGAAUGUUGCCGACUGCUUGCUUCUCUAGUUAUACCAACUUGAAUAAAACCUGCACGAUAGCAAUACAGAGAGCCACGCGUUCAACCAAAACGCCACUCUAUAGCCACAUAUAAUGUUCAGAACAGCACCUAAUUUCAUCAACAGUACAUAUAGGGUCCCAGCCAUAGUACUAGCCACCAAACAUCUUUUUAACUUUGCCUAAUUUCUUUAGCUGAGAGAUAAAACACUACUCACCCACUCUCUUCCAGCAGCCGCUUGUUUGUACGGAGACCUCAAGGCGAAUCCAUCAACUGCUUCGGGGUGACGCAGCUCAAGGAAGAACAUUUAUGAUCAUUUCUUCAUGGAAAUGCAAUCAAACUGAGACGCUAAGGCAGAAGAACUACCGUGUCUGCAAUGCAAAAUGAUUAAUAUGAUUAUUACUUCAAGGAAAUGAUAAAGUAAUGAUAUACUUUAUCAUUUAUCGUUACUUUAUCAUUUCCUUGAAGUAAUAUUCAUUAUAUUAAUUUCUGUAUCGCUAUCCUGCUGUCGUUACUAAAGUUGGUAUAACUAGAGAAGCAAGCGGUUUGCAACAUUCAUCUCUCAACAUGGUGUCUAACCCCUCAAAGGUGCUACGCUUUCUUCUCAAGUUGUAUGAUUUUAACAUAUUACCUUACAGCUUCACAUUAUAGUUUCCUCUCUCUGUACACUUGUUUGUAAAUGAAGUUUUUCUUGUUUGAAAAUACAGAUAAUAUUAAGGCCAUGAGUAACAAAAUGCACCCAUUUAGAAAUUUAAAAAAUAACUGUGUUGAACUGUUUUUCUGUUUGAAAGUAAGUCUGGCUACCAAGGCUAACCCCUGGGAUGGGAAGACGCUGAAGCCAGAAAGUGUGCGCUCUCAGCUGGAAACGUCCCUUCAGAGGCUGAAGACUGACUCUGUGGACCUCUUCUACCUCCAUGCUCCGGAUCACCAAAACCCUAUUGAAGACACUCUUAGGGCCUGUAAUGAACUCCACAAAGAGGUGAAGGGAACAGAAACCCAUCAGAUCUGUAAUGUUGAGAUACAUGUUCAAAGAAGUGUGGUUUAAUGUUAAAAUUAUCACCCACAGGGAAAAUUCAAGGAGUUUGGUCUCUCAAACUAUGCAUCAUGGGAAGUGGCUGAAAUCGCGUGCAUCUGUAGACACAACAACUGGAUUGCUCCCUCUGUAUAUCAGGUAUUUUUACCAAUAAGUUCAAAUUUUUGUUUUAUUUUCAUAGCUUGCCUGUUAAGCUUGUGUUAUGAGUGAGCUCAUAAUAGCUCACAGUAGCUUUUUUGAUGGGCCGUGGUGAGUUAGCUUUUGUGCAGGAACACUUACGUUUUCUCUGUUUACACCUUUUUGGAUUAUUUUCUUUGCUUGUUAAACAUUGACCAAUCUGUGAGCUGUUUUGUCAUUUCAGUAAUCUGUAACUUUCUAAAACUUUUCACAGGGCAUGUACAAUGCCACUACAAGACAGGUAGAGACAGAGCUGCUGCCAUGUCUAAGAUACUAUGGAAUGAAGUUCUAUGCAUACAAUCCCCUGGCAGGUAUUGUUUAGUUUCCUUUUUUGGUGCACUGUUUGAAUUGUUCCCUUUUAAAAGAUAGGAAAUACACCACUUCUAAGCCUGAGAUUUUAAGCUCUGUGUCACAAUAAUAGUUUAACAUAUUCCCAUAAAAUGGUUUACAUAUACCAUUAUACAGUGUAUUUUCUUUUUUUAUUUAACUUAUUGGUUUUGUCAGGUUAUUUUUUCAAUUAUAUACUUAAAGUUGAGACAACAACAGUAAUAAGGACAGAAAUAGUAUUUCACUGGGUAGUUUCAACUUAAUUAUGUCCAAAAUUGCUCCUCUACAGGUGGCCUUCUGACUGGAAAGUAUCAUUAUGAAGACAAAGAUGGUUCCCAGCCUGCAGGGCGAUUCUUCGGUAACAGCUGGGCAAAAGCUUACCAGGACAGGUUAGAAACGGGGCAUUUGUUGUUCUAAAUACCUCAUGUAAUGUGAAAAUAUAUGCAUAAGAAUCUGUGUAUGCAUCUGUCAACACUGAUUAAAAAACAUGUCUGUCUUUCACAACCAGGUACUGGAAGAUGAGUCAUUUCCAGGCGAUAAAUUUGGUUAUUAAAGCCUUGGAGACAGCCUACGGAUCAGAGAAACCCACUAUGACAUCUGCCGCAAUGCGAUGGAUGUACCACCACUCUAAACUUAAGGUACGACUGACUGUGCAUGGAGGGCUGCGGUGAUAUUACAUAAUGUUGUAAAAUCAUCAAAGAUUUGAGUAAAAUGUUACCAAAUAAUAUAUUUUGUGUAUACAUAAGGAAUGGAUGAAAUUAGUUUGGGCUAGUGUUAUACUAUUCUAUGAAAUAUCUGCAAAAGCUGUAGUGAUCCUGAACUUGAGGCAUUAACUGAGAAUGACGUUGAACUUUUCUGAACACCUUUAAACAUAUUUGCUAGCACUCAAGCAUCGAUUCAUUCAUUUACACAUUAUACUGAGAAACAAAUAUCACAUUACAAUCUAUAAAGGUAUUGGCUUUUAGCAUGGUUAUAUAUGUAUGUAACCGCAGCACUACAACACUGUGAUGUUGGCAGGUUAGAAGGUUUAUAAUAGAUCUUUCACUUUAAACCAUUACAAAUAAAGAUGCAAGUUUUAUUUGUGAUUUUGAACUCUAAUUUGUGUUCCAGGGGGAUCUUGGGGAUGGAGUCAUUAUUGGUAUGUCAAGUAUGGAGCAACUUCAGCAAAACUUGGCUGCUGCAGAGGAGGGUCCUCUGGAUGAGAGGGUGGUGGCCGCCUUCGAUGAAGCCUGGAAUCUCGUUGCCCACGAGUGCCCAAAUUACUUCCGCUGAGAUCUCUCGUAUAUGUCCAUCUUAUACCAAUUUACUCAGGAGAUCAUACUACAAAACUUUGUAAUUCUUUUUCUAAAUCAAGAGACCAAUCGGAGAUAAUUGAAUUAUAAUGCAAAAAAGCACUUCAGCGUUAAUGUACAGGUGUAAAAAAUAAAGUUUUUCCAAGAAAUUUCUUUUUCUUGAGUCUGAGAUCCUUUUCGUGGUUGUUUUCUUACAAAUAUAUGCGUCACAUGGGGUAGUUUAAAAUAUUUGUUUUUUUAUGGGGAGGUAGGGGUGUGGGUCAUAAGGACAAGAUACUUUCAUGCUGUACUUUAACGUUACAUGCUGGUCUUUGCAUCAUUACACAAAUGAUAUAAAACCUUUUGACUCCUGUCAUCAAUUUUAACUCAACAAAUACUCAAUCCAGAAAUAAAAUUCAACAUAAAGGACAGAAGUUCAUGUUUUUGGAUGAAAAAUGGGCUAAGACAGGAGAAUAAAGGUUUCAGUAGCAGCCAGGAUGAAUGGUACCUGACUUAAUGUCCAUCUGCUGUUGAAUGUUGGCAAAAUGAAACACUAAAACAUGUCCACAGGCUUCUGGCUUCAGAGACAUUUCACUCCACAUCAUCAUCAUCAGCAUCGUCGUCUGCUUCCUCAAUAGCCUCUGUAGACCCCUCCUCUCCAAAGUUCUCAAACUCGCCCGUCUCUGAGUUCCACAUACAUUUGAUCUGCACCUUGAAUUCUGCCAUCUCAAUGCUGAAGAGUUUCUGUGGGUAAAAUGAGGAAGAGCCACUUUAACAGUCAGUUUUAACACCACACAACUUAGUUCAUAAUUCCUGUGGGCAUUAAGGACUCACCAGAAUACGAGCCUGCUCAGGAGUUAGUACGUCUCCCUCCUUACAGACUUCAUAAUCCUUCAGCAGUGUCACCACACCUUUAAAAACAGAUGAUCUGAAAUGUAACUUUAAACGCCCAAGAUGACAUGUGGCUUGAACACUGUUAUAUAUUUGUGAUCUGACAAUAAGAAGUUUCUAAAAGCAGCAGGGAGAUAGGGAGUAACUUAACAUUGCAUUGUUUGUUUCCUCUGUGAAUUAGAGUAUUGGCAAAUUAAAAAUAUGAUCACACCUUUUUUGAGUGCAGUAGGAAGCCCUAACUGCCUCAACUGUGGCUCCAUUGAGUGAGUGAACUGAUCCAGGGGUCCCUCAUCCAGAGUAAUGUCCAUAUGUGCCUGGUUUCCCGACCUUGCAUAAUCCAUCUCUUUGAAAUGGCUGAAAUAUCUGUAAACAAAACCACCAAUCAAGCGAUAUUCAAAACAACUGGAUGAAUCACUGCUAAAAUGAUUAAUUAAAAGGAGACCUUACUUACUCUUGUACCUCAUCCUUUGUUUUGUUUGUGAAUAGCACUCCUACCUCUCCUCUUAGAUACUUGCAAACCUAUUGAACAUUAAAAGCAUGUCAAAACUCUGUAAAAGAUCAACAUUUAUCAUUUAUUUUCUAGCACCAAAUGUAAGGUCUCAACUACCUUGUGCAAGUUAUCUUUGUACUCGUCUGUUUCCCCUUUACCCAAGGCAACCAUCAUGACCUUAUUUUUGCCAAAGAAGAACCUGCACAGAAAGGAGAAGUACAGUUGUUAGUGCAAUUAAAACUUCAACUAAAAGAUACUGCUGACUUCACCAAAUAAUUCUUGCAGCGAUUUUGAGGCAAAAACAUCAAACAUCUCCUGAUUCUUGCUUCUUGUAUGUAAAGGACAUAACCUUUGAUCCUCAUUCACCAAAACGAUGCUUGGGCUAUGAACUUUUAAAAGGAUAUUCCGGCUUAAAAUAAGUUAGGGUCAAACACACCGUAACACAGAGUUAGACACCCCCUCGAGAGAUGAAUGUUGCUGACCGCUUGCUUCUCUAGUUAUACCAACUUUAGUAACGACCACGCUUUAGCAAUACAGAGAGCCAUGCGCUCAACCAAAACGCUCACCUAAGAGAGUAGGUGAGUUGUGUUUAGUCUCUUUGCUAAAGAAAUUAGGCAAAGCUAAAAAGAUGUUUGGUGGCUAGUACUAUGGCUGGGACCCUAUGUGUACUGUUGAUGAAGUUAGGUGCUGUUCUGAGCAUUAUUUGUGGCUAAAGAGUGGCGUUUUGGAGCGGCACAGUGGUGUAGUGGUUAGCACUGUCGCCUCACAGAAAGAAGGUCCUGGGUUUGAAUCUGGCUCAGGGCGUUUCUGUGUGGAGUUUGCAUGUUCUCCCUGUGUCUGCGCUGGUUUACUCCGGUUUCCUCCCACAUCCUAAAAACAUGCCUAAGUGGCCACUUUCAAAUUGCCCAUAGGUGUGAACGUGAGCGUGGAUGGUUGUUUGUCUCUAUAUGUCAGCCCUGCGAUGAACUGGCAACUUGUCCAGGGUGUCUCCUGCCUUCACUGAAGAUGCUGGGACAGGCUCCAGCGCCCCCAUGACCUCUAACGGGAAUAAGUGGUAGAAAAUUGGUGGAUGGAUGGGGUGGCUUUUUGGUUGAACGCGUGGCUCUCUGUAUUGCUACUGCUGUUACUACGGGCGUUACUCAAGUUGGUAUAACUAAAGAAGCAAGCGGUCAUCAACAUUCAUCUCUCUGCGGGGUGUCUAACUCGGUGUUACAGUGUGUUUGACCCUAACCUAAUUUUAUGCCAGAAUAUCCCUUAAGCAAAAGCAGUCCUUAAAAUCUCAUCUCAAACUACAAGAAAUCAUGAUAGGCCAUAUUCACAAAACGUCAGGGACUAAAUUUGAAUGAAAGUGAAUAUGUUGAUGGGGGAAAAUGUAAUUACUUCCAGCCCUACUUGAGGCAGAUGUUCUGCUUCUUUGUGUCCCAACUAUGGACCAGCCUUCAAAACACUAAAUCCUGUAGUUUCCUAAGUUC